AUGGGUGUAAAUAAAGCCGCCAGACAAUUUGGAAUACCCAAAACAACGCUAAAAGAGAGGAUUAAGAAGGAAGAUGGAAUAAAACAAUACAGGUUGAAAAAGUGUUUCUUCGUUAAAACAUCAAGUGAGAAGGGCAAAACAAUUUCGGUUAUAGUGAGCUGCCAUGCAGAGGGAAUGUUUCUCCCACCUUACUCGAUAUUUAAAGGUAAAAAUAAAAAAAAGGAGUUUUUAGAAGGAAUGCCACCUGGCUACCAAAUUUCUAUGUCGGAGAAAUCGGCGUAUAUCAACGCUUCCAUUUUCAAGGAUUGUUUGGAGUUUCAUUUUUUGCCAAGAAAACCAGCUGGAAAAGUGUGGCCAUACUUCUCAUACCAAUUCUGUGAAAAUACUGGAAUUUUGUGA